AUGGGCCCCUGUACCGCCUCCUCAUGCUGCUGCCAGGCCCGUAAUCUGCCAUGGGCCCCUGUACCGCCUCCUCAUGCUGCUGCCAGGCCCGUAAUCUGCCAUGGGCCCCCGUACCGCCUCCUCAUGCUGCUGCCAGGUCCAGAGUCUCUCAUGGGUCCCUGUACGGCCUCCCAUUGCUGCUGUCUCCAUCGCCACACUCUGCCAUGUGCCACUUUCAGGUCUCCUCACACUGCUGGUGGGUUCCAUUUUUGUCAUAGGGUGCUGUAUGGCCUCCCAUUGCUGCUGCCUCCACCGCCACACUGUGGCUCCACACUCUGGUUUUGGCCCCGUGACUGCCCAAAUGAGUGAAGUGUGCGGUGAUUCUAAGAUCGACGGCACUCAUCUGCAUGUCAUCAGUAUUAUUUCUCUUCCCCAGCAGACUCCAAGGGCAUUUAAAUUAAAGGUACAGUGUUCUGCACUAAUAUGA